AAAAGAAACGCAACCUAUCGCCGCUCUUCCCUCAUCCAACGCCGACCCGACCCGACCCGACUCUGGUAAAUAAAGACUUCUAUUAACCAAAAAUGGCAUUGGUUGUUAUAUGUGGUCAACCAUGUAGCGGGAAAUCAACAGCUGCAGGUUGUUUAGCCGAAGUGCUUAGACAAACGGAACCAGAACCAUCAGUUAGAACGAUCGAUGAAACUUCGUUUCAUCUUAGUCGCAACCAAAGCUACGCGAACAUGACUGAGGAAAAGAAUUUAAGAGGCGUAUUGAGGUCCGAAGUUGACAGAUCUUUGUCGAAGGACGGUAUAGUUAUAGUGGAUUCUCUUAAUAGCAUAAAGGGCUAUAGAUAUGAGUUAUGGUGUUUGGCUAGAGCAGCAGGGAUUAGAUAUUGUGUCGUCCAUUGUGACGUCGACGAACAAUCUUGUAGAACAUGGAACGGAGAACGUCGUGAGAGAGGAGAACCAUCUUAUGAUGAUAAUAUAUUUGAAGAUCUUGUGAGAAGGUUUGAAAGGCCGGAUAGCAAAAAUCGAUGGGAUUCUCCGUUGUUCGAGUUAUGGCCAGCUAAAGAAGGAAUUGAUAAAUCCUCUACAACUAUGGUCGAUGCUUUGAGCUAUUUAACGAAAAAAGUAGACUCGAAAACGAGGGAUGUUAAGAUUCUACAACCGACUAUUGCGACCCAAAGUACACGUGGUUCGGAGGCAAAUUCUUUAUACGAGAUGGAUAGGGCGACACAAGAAGUUACGAGUGCCAUUAUGGAAGCUCAGUCCCGUGCUCUCGGGGGUCCUCUAAAUGGUGUAUCUCUUGGUCCAGGAAUACCAACUGUAGAUAUUUCGAGGUCUGUUGGCCUGCCAGAGCUGCGUAGGCUACGACGAACUUUCAUCAAGCUUGCUGGACAGACGAGCUUGAGCGGGCCGCCCCCUCCUUCAGAUGCUGAUAGUGCAAAAAGGAUGUUUGUUGAUUACUUGAACAGAGAACUAGGAAGUGGUUGAAGAAUUAUUGUUACGGCGACCCCAACUAUUUUGUUGAAAUUGCGCUCGUUUGCCCCUUUCUAAGAAACACGUGGAGGUCCGUGAGUUUUGAAGGGGUAUAAGUGAGCUACUUGAGUAACGGCGAGGGCCUUUUUGGUACCAAAAUGAGACGGAGGGUAUAGUUGUCCUAUUUUCAAUAAUCGAGGGGCAAAAUUGGCCCUUCGUUAAGCAGGGCUGAUUUGCAAGUAGAACCGAUCAAUCUCAAUUUAGUGUGAAAUUAUAUGCAUUUAUCUUAUAAAGAAUAUUUGUACUGUAUAAUUUAAUAUGUUACCCUUUUUCCA